AUGGCGCUCGAGAUAGAAGACGAGGUCGAUUGGAGUGAUGGCUCCCUCGAGCCUUCAUUUCCGACUUCGGUUGAUCCCACACCUGAAACUACCCCUCCAGCGUCUGCAGUCCGGCAAGUACCACAGAAGUCCGCCAUCUUCGAGCCUGAGGAACAUGAGGAACAUGAUCUACCAUUUGGAGUACCUCUACCGAAUUUGGCGGGAGCCCAUUUCCAGAGAUUUCAGAACAAGAACGGCAUCUCUAGGGCGCAGCGGUCCAGGAUCGGAGUCCACUUCAAUCGCCGUGAACCGACCAAAGAUGACUAUUCCAACUUCGUCCUGUAUCAAGCAAAUCAGAAGACAUACGAGGUCAUGUUCGUGAAAACCUUCGUUGCUCAUGCGCUGCAUCCCGAUCAGCUGGAGCAGUGUCUGAGCGACAGCAAUGAUGGCUGCAAUAAGCUCAAGAACUAUCUGCAGUCGGUGUCGAACAACGUGAACCAGAUCGUGUCCAAAAUCAUAUGGAACGCUCACUCGCGCACUGUCAAUUUGCUCGCCAAUGACGAGAAAGAGGGCGCUCAUUUCUGGGACAUUCGACGGUUCGACCAUAGUAUGUUCCGUGAUUUCUACCCGGAGAACACGUAUCCAGCGGCCCAGAGGAUGUACGAAUCCUGGCAUCGAGCUUUCGGUACACCCCCGAUGGUCCGCUACACAACAAAGGACUAUCCUAUCGGCAAGCAUUGUUCACCACUAGAGGAGAUCGAUGAGGUCGCCGAACUACUCUUUAAUCACAAGGCUUUCGGCGCGACUUUACCCACUGGCCAGGUUGUCAAGCCGCCUUCAUCGAAGAAGCAAAAGAGUCGCAAUCUGCCUGGAGCAGCUUCUCGUGCCGAACGGAAUGCCGCGCCGCGUGAUUGGCUUGGCGACAUCGUGCGUCCCAGUAUCGCAGAUGGUACGGGGACCAAGAUUUGGCAAGAUUCGGCAAGAAAAUCGAUCGAGGCAGAUGAGCUAGAUUCAAUUAUCGGGCAUGAUGAAGAGGAUGUGUUUGCUCAGGAUGCCGGAAUCGACCUCGACGAAUCUGGUAUAUUUGAUCCCUUGGUGCUGUUGCAUUCUGAUAUUAACAAUCACCCUGUAGAUAAUCUCUUCGCGCAACUCGUUACUGCGGCGGCGUCACCGUCCACCCUUCACCCAGGAGCCGACAGGAACCUCGAACCCGAAGAAAAUACCCAGCUAGAGACGCAUCUAAGCGCAGAAGACGAGGUACGUAUCGACCGAACCUCAAAUGCGCGUGGAUGGAGGAUCAAGCUUAUCGAAGAUCAUAAGCGGCGACUAGCCGAGAGGUGGCCUCGCUCACAGACACAGUCCCAGAUCCCGCCUUUGACGAUUCUGGACGUGAAGACUGCCGUUGAAAAUGCCGUAGCCCGAGGCAUUUUGAUGGCCGCAUCUGCUGGCGUCCAGGAGCAGAUUGACACCGCUGCGAACACUCAGCGAAAUAAACAAGUUCAGAUUGCUUCCAGACAGAAGGAGCCAGCAACCAGAGCUCCAGAGAACGUAAAGAAGCGUUCACAGAAAGUCUUCGCCAGGGGUCACCAGCAGAAAAAGAGAGCCAUCCGGCCCGGCCCAUCAGACGGCGCUCCAAAGAAGAAACAAAAGAGGACACGGGGCGCGACCAGUACCGGGGAGUCCUCGAACAAGACUCCGCCGAAGAAGUCCAGCAAGCUCAGCGCUCCGGGUUAUGAUUGCGCACCUCAACCGACUCACCCAAGCGGCUCGAAGACCCUGGAGCACCAUCAGCUCUUACCGCCCGAGGCAUACUUUGAGCAGACCUACGAAGGAGAGAAGCCAGUCUGGCGCUGUGGCAUCAAGCACGCUAUGGGCUACUACUACAAUGCCGGAGAUAGGAAGAACUGUCCUGGCUGUUUCACCUCCGUCAACGAGAAUCCCCGCCUCAAGUGGAUGGACUUCUAUAUGCCUUCUUAUUCCCAUUUCCAUCAGCCUGCACCGGACGUGACCUGGAAGCCGAGCAAGCCUGUGGGCAGGGUCAGACGCUCUAAACAUCUGUCUCACAACAGCAUCGCCAAGGAGGCAUACUGGGAAGCGUUCAAUGCUGGCGCUACUGAGGAUGAGGCACGCCAGAAGGGCGUUGAGGCUGUAGAGGAGCACCUGCGACCCAAGCCCCCACGCGAACCAACGCCCGAGCCAACACCUGAACCCAGCCCGGAGCCAAUUGAUCUGGGUCCUCAUCCCAGUGGCUCGGCGACAAUGGAGCACGGUCAGGAUAUCCCAGACUGUGCUUACUUCGAGAAGCAGGAGAGGCAUGAGGAGUUUGCCUGGCGCUGUGAGGUCAAUCACGCCCUUGGACGAUACUACCUCGCUGGCGACAAGCGAACUUGCCCAGGCUGUGGAUCGAACCACUCAGGCGUGGCUAAGCACACCGAAAUGGACUUCUAUAUGCCUCCCGGGGUGGUUGUGCGACAGGAAGCACCAGGUCUCGUGGAGUGGCACCCUCGCAAGCCUUACAAGUCCAAUCGUGAGAACAAGCCCAGUCGCAAGGUUGUACUUUCGCAUAAUCAGAUAUGCUCGAAGAAGUACUGGGACGCUAUCGACGCUGGGAAAGAGCAUAAUGAGGCGCUGGAGUUCGCCGUCAAGGAAACGGAUGCUUAUGUCGACGCCAAGAACGAAGCGAUUCAGAACAAGCAAGCGAAGUCCGUGGAGAGCGACAAGUCGCCGGAGUCUCAAGAAGCGACCCAACCGGAAGAUGGCUCCUCGAGCGACAGCGAGACUGAGCAGACCGAUACGGCCGGCAACGAUAGAUUGCGGCGCAAUUCGGACGGAGGCGUUAUCAUCUCGCUCGUACCAAGGAAGCGUAGGAGCGAGGAGCUCAGCGAAGACGAGAACGAUGAAGUCGAAGAGUAUCAGGCCAAACGGGAUUCGGAAACCCCAGUUCCAGAUGUUAUCUACAUAUCUUCUGAAGAUGAAUCCUCUUCGGCUUCGGACAGUGAGUAG